GUUCAAUGGAGUGAUAUGGCAAGAAAAUACAUGGAGCGGCGGUUCUCAAAGUCUCACAGAACAACGAUACCAGCCAGCUUCAAAGUACCGGAGCAGUAUGAGUUCUACAAUAAGGCGACACCAUUCGUCCAACGGACUCUGUUAUUUGUGGCCGACGAGAACUCAGGUCCAAAGCCUAGCAGUAGUACUGCGACGCACGAAGCGCCGGUUGAAGAGGUCAAACCGAGUGAGGAACAAGAAAAAUCGCCUAAGAAGAGUUCAUUUUUCUUUUCCCCCUCGAAAAGUUGCAAGCUCCACGGGCGCAGUUUUUUCCGGCUUCAGACAAGCCCCAAGAAGUCGAAGUCGGAGCCGUCGAGUGAGGCGAACACGCCGAAGGCUGCGGGCGCCGCGGGGGGCGGGGGGCUCAUCAGCUACGCUCCGGGAUGGUCGCUGAAGGGAGAACAUUUGAUGAAAUGGCAGGAGUCCGGCAAAACCACUAUCGAGAUCUACACAGACUGGGCCAACCAUUACCUGGAGCGGGCGCGCUCGAGGCGCCGCGCGGGCGUUUCUGGCGGAGGACUCGCGAGGGACUGCGCCGAUGGCCUGCUGCUGGCAGAUGUACUGGAAGGAGUGACCGGCCUCAAGGUGCCACGAGCGCACCGCAAGCCGAGGAACCCUCAGCAAAUGUUGGAAAACGUGCAAUGCUGUUUGGACUUUCUCCACGCGCAGAAGGUCCAGGGAUUAGAACAAGUAACAGCUGUGGACAUAAGAGACGCAAAACUCAAAGCAGUUCUUGCAUUGUUUUUCGCGCUUAGCCGCCACAAGCAGGCCGCGAAGCAGCGCACAACGCCAUCUAGCGGCAAUGUUGCGAACACAACCAAGAACUCAAGCGAGGAUAUUGCGUUGAGUUCCGUGCAGCGCAUCACAGGUGGCAGCAGCUGCGAUGAGAUUCUAACUGCGUGCGGAAACAACGUCGAAAUGACAACUUUAACAGCAAAUAGGCAGGUGUCGGUGCUGCAGACGUCCAUCCCUCUCCCGGCGUCGGCGGCGGCCGCGCGCCGUGCCCCGCCCGACAAGCGACCGCUGCCCGCUACCCCUGUUCAUGGUGGGAAGAGCGGGUUUUCCGCAAGCUCCAGUCGAUCCACGAGUCCCUUGGGACAGGGAGCGGUUAGCUUCAUACCACGCGCUCCGACGUCUUCAUCCGGGUCCCGCCCAAACUCAUCCCUUCUGGCUCCUGGUAGCAAGAUUCCAUCCACAUUGCAAACCCAACAACACUCGCAAACAUCCAAUAACCAUAAUGGAACGCCAACGAAGCAGUCAAUGCUUGACAAACUGAAGCUUUUUAAUAAAGAUAAAGUUGGCAAUGAAAAGCAGCACAGUAAAAGCACCGCGGUUUCUAAAAGAACUAGCUCGUCCAGCGGUUUCUCUUCAGCCAAGAGUGAGAGAUCAGAUUCCAGUUUAAGCCUUAAUGAAUCUUCUAACAUCCCCAAUACACAUAUCAAAUCAUCUAAUUUAGUAGGACCUAAGACUAUAAGACAACAAAGCGACACUCUAUCAAAAGACAAGUCUGGGAAAAAUGUUAAGUCUAAACUAGUUAAUUCUAAAGCUCCGAAAGAAUCCAGCACGAAUUUAAGCAAAACUAGUGCUAAGGCAAGUAGUAAUGAAAAAUCGAAAAAUAGUCCAAAAUUGCCAGCCCGUGACAAAGAGUCCAAACUGGCAGCACCCAAGUCCAUUAGUAAUACUAAGUUAAAUCAAAUAGAUGACCAAUCAAGAGGCGCAAAAUCAAAACUUGAGUCAAAGAUGACUAAGCUGUCCGGAAGUCAAAUGAAGCUUAGUGAACAAAGGAUUGAUUCUGCAAGUGAUUCAAAAGCACAUGAAAGCGCUAAGAACUUACCACCUCAGCCUUCGACGCCCUCGGGUGGACAAGGAUUUGGAAUACCAAACCAUACUGGUAUUCCAAAACCUACCGCUGCCGUUAAAGGAACAUUUAAAAUAUCAAAAGAUGAUAGACAUGUUAUAAAUAAAAGUACAAAUAGUCAAUUAAGUCCUAUACAAAGCAAUUCUAGUUUAAAUUCUACUAAUAACGUAAGUGCACUUCCAUUUAGUAGAGAACAAUCUAAUUUAAGUAAAGAAAUGUCUCAGAAACAAACCCUAGCGGUUUCUCCAAUGGUGAAUGUGGCUAACCAAACUGGCACAUCUCAAAUGUCAGAAAGCUCUCACUCGAAUUCCACUCAUAGCACCACGGGGCAACAUUCAAAUUCGAGUGAUGGAAGCGUUAUAUACCGUCCAUCUAGUGAAUCUGGAUCCGAAAUGUCAAAGGCCCCACACAGCAUGGCGUCAAACAAAAGACUGGAUAUGAACACGACGUAUAUAAAUGACGUCAUCAAUGAAGCAGAAAUAUCAGAGAAAGAAGCUGCUCAGAAACGGCUUUUGGAAACCACUUUGAAGCAACAAUUUGAUCAACAUAAUAGAACGUUGACAGAUCAAAUCAAAUCAAAUGACAGUAGAUCUAGUACUCCUUCUCACUGUCGUGAUAAUUCACUUGGUGAAGAUGAAAAUCCAUUGAUGAAUGUAUUGCCAAUGAGACCGUUACUUCGAGGAUAUAACAGCCAUUUGACGUUGCCCAUGAGGACAUCAGGCUUAACUCAGAAGAAUAUACCUGGUUAUCCUCACCAUGCCAAUACUGUUAAAGCCAAUUUCGGCCGUGAAAAUAUGGGUAUAAACUAUGGUCCUGGGUUCUCUAAUCCUGAUUACUGUGAUCUCGAGAUUGCUUCAGGAUAUAUGUCAGAUGGUGACUGUUUACGGAGAAUCAAUAUUAAUGAUAUGGAUUGUGGCAGGAAUAAUGACAUGAUGGAUGGCUACAUGUCCGAAGGUGGAGCUUCCCUUUACGGCCGGCGUAUUAACUAUCAACAGCAGCCAUCGCAGUUCCAACAAAUGGAUGACAGACGUGGUGGAAGUCGCAAUAGAGGCAUGGAGGGCGGUAGCGGCGUGGUAUACCGAGUAGUGGGUCGCACGCGCAGCAAGGCCGACUGCGGACAGCAGACGGAACGCCAGCCCCCGGCGCCUCGUCAGGACACCACCUGGAAGAAGUACACCGACUCGCCUGGGGUGGGGACUCCGCCAUUGAACCCCCCGACUCAAGCGCCGCCGAGCCCGUCCCACGGGCGCAAAGGUGAGCGCCGAACUGGUCAUCAUUCGCCACAACACCACAAACGGGAGAAGCUGACAGCUGCCCAGCAGUUGGGCAUCGCGCCACAUCCUCAGUAUCCUGCUGCUAAUACUUCUAGUCAACAUUCAUCCAGGAGUGGUGGACCACAGCUUCAAUCCCCGAGUGGUGCAUCUUCCAGGCCGUCUAGUGUGUCAAGCGGUGGAAAUGGUAGCAGCUGCUCAAAUAAGGCAAAAGUUCCUCAAAACUUUGGCUACGUAAAGAGACAAAACGGUGUUCAACAACCAGCUCCUCAAUCAAACGGCCCUCCUCAACAUGGACAUGGCGGAAGAACUGCUCAAGUAUCAGCGGUGCCAAGGACAAAGGUCAAGGUAUCAGGCGGUACGCAAACUUGCACACAGGAUCUUCAAAUACACAAAAAUGGGAUCGGUCCAAAAUCCUACUCCUUGGGCGGAACUGCAGCAGCACAACUAUCAGCGUCAGUCCGAGAGAGGCUCCUCGGCUCACAAUCACUACCCAAACCAGGCACCCAUGAGUUUGCUGCGUUGUUCCAUCAUCACAGAGUUACUCAAAGAGGAGGGAUCAAGAUUAGUGACGGGAGUCUCUCUGACACUCAAACGUAUUCGGAAGUGAAGUCUGACUACGGAAUACCUUACGCGCCUUGGCUAAGACACAGCAACACAUACUCGGCGAGCGGGCGCCUCUCCGAAGGCGAGUCGAUGGAGUCGCUCACGUCGCUCCAUGCGCAGGCGCACAACCACACCUCCCCUAACUCACACCACCGCAGCUCACUCACACACAAUAAGCUCAUCAUGCACCGCGACGCUCAGGGCUCCAGGCUUAACAGGAGCAACAGUAUUAGGUCGACUAAAUCUGAGAAACUGUACCCAUCGAUGCUGCAGCGAUCAUCGGAGAGCGAUUACGAGCCUUACUAUUGCUUACCAGUGCAAUAUGGACCUGGAGGACAAGGUCUUAACUACGGCGUCUCAGAGCCGCCGUCGCCCUCCCCGCGUUCUGCCCUAAGUCCCACGCACCAGCCCGGAAACGUUCUACACACACCCAGGCAUUCCCAUCACUACCCCAAGAAGAAUGACGACGUGCACGGAUCCACCGCAUCCCUGGUGUCGACUGCAUCCUCGCUCGCCGCCGGCGCAGGUUCUGAAGAGAGGCAGGCGCACGAGGUACGCACAAACGCAGUGCGGAAAUUGAGGAGAGAGUUGGCGGACGCGAAAGAAAAAGUACACACGCUGACCACUCAACUAACUACCAAUGCGCACGUUGUCUCCGCUUUCGAGCAGAGCCUCUCGAACAUGACGCAGCGGCUGCAGCAGCUAACAGCCACCGCCGAGAGAAAGGACUCGGAGCUAACGGAACUGCGUCAAACGAUCGAGUUACUUCGAAAGCAGUCCAUCCAAGCUGGCUUGACCACGGCUCACAUGCAGUCCAUGGGCAUCCGCGCUGAUGGAGUCAACGUUACAGGACAGCAGGAGCCAAAUGCGCAUACGCAGCAGUCGUCUCCUCAACGUACUAUCCACACGGGCAAUGGGGCUAUCACUCGUCACCUGUCAACGGACAGCGUUUCAAGCAUCAACAGCUUAAGCAGCGGUUCCUCGGCACCUCACGAUAAGAAGCACAAGAAGAAGGGAUGGUUGCGCUCGUCGUUCACGAAAGCGUUCUCACGGAACGCCAAGAUAUCUAAGACGGCGAAACACUCGUCCCUCGGGCAACUGUCGUCGCAAGACAGCUCGUCCGGCUCGCACCACUACGACGAUCCGCACACAAUACGCGAGGGCAGCAACGAAAACAGCCUGGAGCAUUCGCACGAGGCGCUGGCUGAAAAAGUGCAGGACAAGGCGGCGCCAGCGUGCCCAGCGGCGAAACCCGAAGAGCAGACCAAAGAUAAAGAUGAGGCUGGCUUAGUCGACGAGUUGAAGAAACAACUACGGGAGAAAGAUUUGGUGCUAACAGAUAUACGGUUAGAAGCGCUGAGUUCGGCGCAUCAGUUGGAGAGUCUCAAAGACACAGUCAUCAAAAUGAGGAACGAAAUGUUGAAUCUCAAGCAGAACAACGAACGCCUGCAGCGGCUAGUGACUUCAAGAUCUUUAGCGGGUAGUCAAAGUUCGUUGGGGACGGGUGGCUCUGCGGUCGAAGACCCGAGGCGGUUUAGCCUUGCAGAUCAGGCCACUAUGCACCAGGCUGCCAUAGACAUCCAUUCCCAACCCCUAGACUUGGAUUUCAACUGCAUAACAUCAACUCCAACAAUGGACUUCAAGAAAGGUUCUCCCAACUCCACGAUGGUUGAACCGAUAUACGGGAACAAAGCAGUUUGUGAACUGAAUGAGAAGAGCGAAGCUUUGUUGGGUGCUUUGAAUGGGUCUAGUGAUAUCUUCACCAAUGGACUUAACGCCACGGAUAGAUUAAGCGGGGACUACGACAUAAAUGCUGUACUGCCUCCGCCUAAGAGCCGCGAACUGGCGAUUGGGGAGAGCUAUUCUGAUAUAGGUGUCGCUGACAGUCAAGGAGACACAACAGACGGCAAGAAAAUAGCUAUAGCAGUAUACUUAGGACAGCCAGAAACAUUCCAAAGAUAUUUCGAAGAGGUCCAAGACACACUAACCGAGUCCGAAUGCCGGUUCUACGCCAAACAAUCGGCGAGCGGUUACAACAACCACUUCGAUAAACAACCCAGCUUCGAUUCCCCGAGGAUGUCGCAAAACCACAGUCCAGAGACCGAAAAUCAAGACUUCCCCCAAAUAAACAAGUCCAACACGAAUAGCCUUAAAAGCAAUAAAUCUACGCACAGUAGCUCGUAUAAGAACGUGUACAAUAGUGACUCGACAAUAAACUGCAAUGAAUUCACUAUAGCUUACACGUACAUAUCGGGCAAGACUACGUGGCAGAAUUUAGAUUAUAUAGUUAGGAAGACGUUCAAGGAUUACCUAUCGAGAAUAGAUCCGGGCACGAAUCUCGGUUUGAAUACGGAUUCGAUUACGUCGUAUCACUUGGGCGAGGCGACGAGGGGUCCGGAGAUUGGUUUUCCGGAGCUGCUGCCGUGUGGAUACAUCAUUGGCACUGUGAAUACGCUGUAUAUUUGCCUGCAAGGAGUCGGCAGUUUGGCCUUCGACAGCCUCAUACCAAAAAAUAUUGUAUAUAGAUACGUGUCUUUACUAUCGGAGCACCGGAGGGUGAUUCUGUGCGGGCCUAGCGGCACCGGCAAGUCUUACCUCGCGGCCAAACUGGCGGAGUUCUACGUGCAGCGGACGCAGCGGCGAGGCAACCCGGUAGAAGCCGUCGCCACUUUCAACGUCGACCGCAAGUCUUGCAACGAGUUGCGAGCGUACUUAGCUAAUAUUGCUGAGCAAUGCAGCGCGGCCGCGGCGGGCGAAGAAGCGCCAUUGCCUUCUGUGGUUGUGUUGGACAACUUACAACACGCGUCAGCUUUGGGAGACGCGUUCGCUGGAUUGUUGCCGCCUGACAACAGAAACAUGCCUGUUAUUAUCGGAACAAUGUCGCAAGCUACCUGCAACACCACCAACCUCCAGCUCCACCAUAACUUCAGGUGGCUUCUCACCGCCAACCACAUGGAACCAGUCAAGGGCUUUUUAGCUAGGUACCUACGCCGCAAGCUGUUCUCCCUCGAGCUAAGGCUGGGGCGACGCGAGCCGGCGCUAGCAGCGGUAUUAGAAUGGCUGCCGGGUGUUUGGGCCACGCUCAACGCGUUCCUAGAAGCUCACUCGUCCAGUGACGUCACCGUCGGCCCGCGGCUUUUCCUCGCUUGCCCUAUGGACUUGGAGGCUAGUCAGGCAUGGUUCGCUGACGUCUGGAACUACAGUAUCGUCCCGUACGCGUCCGAAGCGGUGCGAGAGGGCGUGGCUUUGUAUGGGAGGCGGCGACACGCGGCGCUCGACCCGCUGAAUCACGUCAAGUCGUCCUACCCGUGGAGGGAACCCAACCACUCGCACACGCUGCGAACAAUUACUGUGGAAGAAAUUGGCAUUGAAGAGUCAAAUCAAGACCCCAACACGAAUAAUAACCAAGAUCCAUUGUUGAACAUGUUGAUGCGGCUACAAGAGGCUGCGAACUACAGCGGUAACCAAAGUCAAGACUCGGACAACGCUAGCAUGGACUCGAAUCUCACACACGACAGCUCUAUGGGCAACGAGUUAUAAGAUUAGAUAGUCGGCCAAGACUCAUUGUAGCUACGUCGAGGAUGACUGAUCGCAUACGAAGCAAAUAUUUCAAUCGUUCGUCUACCUCGGAUAUACAAUAUCUAGGCGCUCUUAUGACAAUAGUUUCGCUAAGAUAAGAAUUAACUUGCGCCUUAUAAAGCACUAGCUAGCUACACCAUCUCAUCUAAUUUUUAUAUGGACUAUGCAUUUACACGUUCCUUCGCGUGUGAUCUAUACUUUAUACAAAGCCAAAUAUUUGCCAUAUGUACAUUAUUUAUAUUUAUUUACUCUAAGUGUUACUUGAAUUUCGAAUUGUGUUAAUUUUUAGUUACUUUCUAUCGCUAAAUCAAUCGGAUUAUUUAAUUAUUUGUUUUUUGUCGAAAGAAUGUUGCUCUACAGUAUUUGUGUAAUACGCAAAUAUUAUUAUGUAGGAGCAAGUGGCCUUUCUGUUCAUUUAUGUUGCAAAAUUAUUGUAAUUUUUUAACGUCGAGUUAAAAAUCUACACGUAUUCGUGCAGAAAUAAUUGACAGUGCCUGGAGCGAUAAUUUUCCAUUUUUUACGAAAUAAUAAUUCUAACAAAGUAGGACUGUUACUGUUUAUAUGAAGCAUUGUGGCUUUUACUAUUGUUAUAUUUUUUCAAAGUUAGGAUAUGGACCGCAUUUGUAUUACUAUGACAUGUAUUUAAAGUAAUAUAUGAAAGUGUAAUUUUUAUACCAUUUUCAUAUUAAAACUCAUGUACCUAAUAAAUAUGUUUAGGUGUAAAUAAAAUAUGUUUAAUAUAAUUUUUUUCUAUGCGAAUACACUAACUGCUAUUAUGCCAUGAACAGUAUAGCGUUACUUUUGUAUAGAAAUGCGUAACAAUUUCGUUACAGUGUUCGGUAUGGAUUGACUUGUGUGCAUAACUGAAACGUGAUAUCUACAAUCUAUGCUUUACUGAAAAUGUGAAAUAAACAUUGAUUAUAAAAUCCA